GGCCCAGAAUCUGUGCAGUAUGCAGUCCAAGACGCUGGUCACCACCCCACAACCCUGCGUGCCAGUGGCCGCCACUGCACGGCCCAGGCGGCGCGCUCUGAUCGUGCGCAGCAGCGCCACAGAGGCCGCCGUGGCCGCUGGAGCAAAGGACCGCACACAACUGGGCCAGUCGGGCCUAGAGGUGUCCUCUUUGGGCCUGGGAGCCUGGAGCUGGGGAGACCGCUCCCGCUACUGGCAGAGCGACAUCGACAGGCCCUCCAACCUGACGGCUUACAAGGCCAUGGUCGCCUCCGGGAUUGACUUCCUUGACACGGCCGAAGUCUACGGCUUUGGUCUGUCGGAGGAGUUUGUGGGGCAGUUCAUGCGGGAGACGGGCACCUCGCCCACAAUCGCCACCAAGUUUGCGCCCCUGCCCUGGCGUCAGACUCCGGGCAGCCUGGUGGGGGCGUGCAGGAAGAGCCUCGAGCGGCUGGGCCUGCAGCGCAUGGGACUCUACAUCCAGCACUGGCCCGGUUUCUUCCUCAACACCUGGGCCAACGACGCCUACCUGGAAGGCCUGGCGCUGGUGUGGGAGCAGGGCCUGGCGCAGGCGGUGGGCGCCAGCAACUUUAAUGAGCAGCGCACGCGCAAGGCGGCGGCGGUGCUGGCAGCGCGCGGCACCUGCCUCAGCUCCAACCAGGUGCAGUACAGCCUGCUGUACCGCAAGCCGGAGGCCAACGGCGUCAUGGAGGCCUGCAGGGAGACGGGCACCACACUGGUGGCCUACAGCCCGCUGUGCCAGGGGCUGCUGACGGGCAAGUACAGCAAGGACAACCGCCCUACGGGGCCCCGCGCCCAGCUGUUCACUGAGGACCGGUACCGCUCGGUACAGGUGCUGCUGGACUGCAUGCGGGCGGUGGCCGAGGAGCAGGGCGGCAAGACGCUGGGCCAGGUGGCCAUUAACUGGACCAUGUGCAAGGGGGCGCUGCCCAUCCCGGGAGCCAAGAAUGCCAAGCAGGUGGAGGAGGCGGCCGGGGCGCUGGGCUGGCGCCUGACUGAUGCACAGGUGGCGGAGCUGGAUGCCGUCAGCAGCAGGGUGCCCCCCAGCACGGGUGCACCCUUUGAGGCGUGGUGAGUGAGCAGCAAGACGGCACAACAGCGGCAGGCGGGCCUUGUCACCAGGCCCCACGCUCCAUCACCAGGCCCCACGCUCUGUCUUGUGCGCGCCACUGCCUCAACCAGCGCCUUGGGAGCUGCCCUGCGUGCCUCAACUGGCAGGCACCUUGGAUUGACCAGACUGCGAUUCCGAGACGAUUCCAAGAGCUUUGAUUUGAGAACGAACCAUUUCAUUCCUUCUAUCCGUGUGUUUACAGCAACCAUCUUUGAAUAAAAUCAACAAGCCCUCAACACAACAAUGGUUUAAUGCACAAUGUUCC